UUCAGUCCCGAGCGACAAAGGCUAUGCCCUUAGAGGUCUUUUAUUUUCUCUCACUUAGAUGCUUUAAAACCAAUUUGGACCAAAAAUAACGAUCCGUCCAGAAUAAAUCAAUACAAUCUGCAACGAGUGUCAGACAGACGCAGCCCCGCGUGUAGGAAAAUGCGGACAGGAGGGGUGGAGUUCACAGCUUUUACUUUUCCGACGCUCCUCUGACAGAAGAGCUCAUUCCCUGCCUGGUGCGUCCUGGCGCGUGAUCCCCCCACUUCUAGUCGCAUCUGCCGCCUUCUCCGACGCAUCCUCCCGUUAAACUUUUCAUGCCCGUCCAAUGGACAGCACUUAGGAGCUUAGUUCGGACCCUAUCCGCUCCCGCCCGCCCGUCUGUCCGCUGCGCCCCGGCUCUCCACCGUCCGCUCUCCAGGUUCACGCGCGGAGGGACACUGUCACUCGCGGCCCGGGGAGCCGGCGUGGGUCUCCCGCAAGCAUGGAGGGAGACGUUAUGGACAAAGUGGAGGCCACGGGGACGGUCCGUGACUUCGACCCCAUCAGUGGAAGCAUCCCGGCCACCAAAGUGGAGAUCACCGUGUCUUGCAGGAACCUCUUGGACCGAGACACUUUCUCCAAAUCCGACCCAUUGGUUGUGUUGUACACUCAAGGCGUGGAGUCCAAACAGUGGCGGGAGUUUGGACGAACGGAGGUGAUAGACAACACGCUAAACCCCGACUUUGUCAGGAAGUACAUCCUGGACUACUUCUUUGAGGAGAAGCAGAACCUGCGCUUUGACGUGUAUGAUAUUGAUUCUAAAAGUCCAGAUCUGGCCAAGCAUCCAACCGACUUUAACGACUUCCUGGGUCAGGUCCACUGUACACUGGGAGAGAUCGUGGGCUCGCCUGCUAGUCGCCUGGAGAAAACUCUAGGUGGCAUACCUGGGAAGAAAUGUGGCACCAUUAUUUUGUCUGCGGAGGAGCUGGGAAACUGCAGAGAUUACGCCACAAUGCAGUUCUGCGCCCACAAACUGGAUAAGAAGGACUUUUUUGGCAAGUCAGACCCCUUCAUGGUCUUCUACAGAAGCAAUGAAGACGGCACGUUCACCAUCUGCCACAAGACUGAAGUGGUAAAGAACACACUGAACCCUGUGUGGCAGCCCUUCUCCAUUCCUGUCAGAGCUCUCUGCAACGGAGACUACGACAGGACAAUCAAAGUGGAAGUGUAUGACUGGGACCGAGAUGGAAGCCAUGAUUUCAUCGGUGAAUUUACCACCAGCUAUAAAGAGCUUUGUCGGGGUCAGAACCAGUUAAAUGUCUACGAGGUGGUGAAUGCCAAGAAAAAAAUUAAGAAAAAGCGAUACAUCAACUCUGGGACGGUGUCCUUGUUGUCGUUCAAUGUGGAGUCGGAGCACACCUUCCUGGAUUACAUUAAAGGGGGGACUCAGAUUCACUUCACAGUGGCCAUUGAUUUCACUGCAUCAAAUGGAAAUCCGUCCCAGUCUACUUCACUCCACUACAUGAACCCAUACCAGAUGAAUGCCUAUGCCAUGGCACUGAAGGCCGUGGGAGAGAUCAUCCAGGACUAUGACAGCGAUAAGAUGUUCCCCGCCCUCGGAUUCGGUGCUAAGCUGCCCCCUGACGGAAGAGUCUCCCAUGAAUUCCCCCUGAAUGGAAACAUCGAGAAUCCGUACUGUAAUGGUAUGGAGGGCAUCCUCGAAGCUUACCAUCAAAGCCUUAAGACGGUUCAGCUGUAUGGACCGACCAACUUUGCUCCUGUUGUUAAUCAUGUGGCCAGGUAUGCAGCAGCCGUCCAGGAUGGUUCUCAGUACUUUGUGCUGCUCAUCAUCACUGAUGGCGUCAUAUCAGACAUGGCUCAGACAAAGGAGGCCAUUGUGAAUGCAGCUAAACUCCCCAUGUCAAUCAUCAUUGUUGGAGUUGGCCAGGCUGAGUUUGAUGCCAUGGUGGAGCUGGAUGGUGAUGACAUUCGGAUUUCUUCACGGGGGAAACUGGCAGAGAGAGACAUUGUACAGUUUGUCCCGUUCAGAGACUACAUGGAUCGUACAGGCAACCACGUGCUGAGCAUGGCGCGGUUAGCCAAAGACGUACUGGCUGAGAUCCCUGACCAGCUCAUCUCCUACAUGAAGAGCAGAGCCAUUAAACCCAACCCGGUCCCACCUGUUUACGUACCCGUCGACCACCCAGAACCCAACCCCGUCUGAGCCCCGCGAAACAGCUCCACAGUGGGGGUGGGACAGGUCCACGGAGAGAUGGGGAUCCUGCCUCCACCAACCGUCCUUCGGAGGGAAAAUGGAAACGCUUCGAGGCCCUUUCGUAAAUAUUAAUCCAGCUGCACGAAAACGUCAUGAGACUCCAUUUUGGUUUGGAGCAAAACGACUGCUUUUGAGGGGAAACGCUGAUGAUCGGGGAGUUGUCCUCUCUUUGCCUGAGGAUGAGAGCGCUGUACGGUGUAAAGGAGGUCUUAGUUGUUUGCUGUCAAACCUGUCAAAGUGGUGAUGUAAUGGAUAGCAAGUAAACCUGUAGAGAGGGCCUGUUUGAGGGCAUAAAUAUAUUAUGAAUAGAAUGUGCCAGUGUGUAUCAUGUUUGUGAUACCUUUUGGAAUCAAUGUGUUCAACUAGGAAAUCAAGUGUAUAUUUAUUAAUUUAUUUAUUUAAUGCAGAAAUAAUUUAUUCCUUCGAGGUGUUUUAAUGGAUGAGGAUCAAAGUCAUACUUCCCCUGUAGUUUUCCAUCCUAUAUUUUGUGACAAGUGUAAUAAAAAUCCCCAUUUCUACUUUGAUAAGGACUGUAAUAUAAGAGCAUGUGAUAAAAACCUACUCAGCAGUUUAUCGUUCAUUUUCGCUGAUAAUUUUUGAUUGCAAGCUGUAACGUAGAGGACCUGCUGCAAGCUGUUUCCACACUGAUCCCCCAGCGCCAUGUCUUAGACCUAUUUCUAAUGUUUAUAUUAACAGAAUGCACUAAUUACUGCUCAAACAAAAAGCACAAAGGUAGUGUUCAUAGGCUGAAAAUUAUUACUUUAAAUGAACCAGCAGAUGCCACAAUAAACCUAAUGGAAAUGAGCCCAAGUUAUUUAUCUAUUUAUUUUUUUAGCUCUAGCUCGUCUUCCACCACCAUAAGAUGAAAAAAACAACAACAGGAGUGUUUCUAUGAAAAAAUUACCAUAUUGACAUGUUUCAGCUACCCAAUAUUUAUCAGAAUAAUCUAUGUUUACGGAAAAAUAGAUAAAUAAUUCCAAUCACAGGGCGUGCAGAGGUGGUUCGACGUAUGCAUAUAAAUGAUAAAUGUCACGCUCUGAAUCUCAUUUAUUAUCUGGUUGUUUCUGUGUUUCUUUUCCAUUAUAUUUGUUGUGGCUCAGGUUCAUGGUCUGGGAUUUUGCUUUGUACUUUAAAGGACCCAACAAAUAAACUUUUGCAAGACUGAUGUCAACUUUUUUUUUUUUUUUUCCCAAAAUUGCGAAUCUUGCAACAGAGUGUGAGAUAUUUGGAGGGUUUUUUUUUUUUUUUUAGGGUUAUCUAAGAAAACAGGUGAUUGCACAAAAUAAAACAGUUAUGAGUCCAGUUUUGUUCUUUUGGUUAAUGUGUUUACUUUGUUGUUCCAGUGCUCACAGAUUCUUUCUCUAUUGUUGUUAUAUUCUAUAUUGAUUCACCCAUUUUAUAAGAAACAGUUACACUUUAAUACUUUAAUAAUUCAACCCAGUUGUUAAUACACGUUUUCUUCCCUUGUUUGUGACUCUAUACAAACUUUUAAAAGCUAGUUUGUGGCACACUUGUAUAGAUCCUAAGUUCUGUAUUUGUAAUGGCCAUCUUUUCACUCGUACCUCUCAGUCACUCAAUAUCCUGAUCCAAAUGUGCCUAUUAUAUGGAAACAUAUCCAAAUUUAGUUACCCAGGUUGUAUUCUGCAGACAGCAGAUUUCAUUGUUUCGAUGUACACACACAGAAAAUGAUGGGGAUGAUAAAACUGUUGCAAGAUUAGGUUUAUUGCAGAGGCUGUGGCUGAUACACACUGUUUCAGCCAGUGUUGUGUUUUUUUUAUACUUACAGCUCUUCACAAAUGAUCUUUGAGAUAGUGAAGGUUAACAGUGUUGCUGAGCCUUGUUGUACAAUUUGCAAAGUCAAGACUUGUUUACAAUUCAACUGUGGCUAUUAACAUUGCCUCAAGGAAAAAGUAAACAUUCAUGGGUCUCAUUAUGAAAUUAGUUCAAGUGUAAUCCUUUUGUUUGUACAUUGUGUAGUUUAGAGUUUCACUGGAUGACACUGGAGAACUAAUGUUUACAAAGAUGUGUUGUUUUGUCUUCUGAAAAUGUGAAGCUCUAACUUUCCUUUGGUCCUCUUUCUGCUUUGUUUUGUUUUGUGUUUAGGGAAAAUGUGUCCAUGUAAUUUAUGUUGCUUUAAUAUCUUUGUUGGCCAUCGAACAUGCUGACUCCCGUUGUUUUAGUGCCCUCCGACUGCAGAUGGAGUCUGAUGAUACUGCACAAACUCCUUCUGUCACAGGCCUAGCUCUAUUUGACUUUUUUUUUUUUCUUUUUUUUUUUUUGGGCAACAUUAUUUCUCCCUCAGAAGAUGAAGCAGCAUUUAAUCUGCUGCCAAAUUCACCUGUUCAUCAGGCUGUAAUGAGGCCAUUAAGUUAAGUUAUGUAACGCUCAUAAAUACCGGUAUACCUCUGCAAAAAGUCUGUCAAGCCAAAUGGAAAUGAAUAAUAUACAAUACAUUUGUUAGAAAAUUUCAAAAAGUAUUAUGAAGUAUUAUAUAACUCCACCUUUAAUGCCAUUAAAGUAUAGAUAUCUAAUAUAUUUAUUUUGCAGUUAAUCUCCUUUAUUGCUAUUUAAUGCUAAAGUAAUUUUAUUUUCCUAUAUUUCUUUUGUGUUACUUCAACCAAAACAGUGACAAGUGACUGCUUACGCACAGAAAACAAAGUGUCAUCAGGUUAGUGUGAUGCCACUGAACUCAGCGUCAUGCAGAUCACAUACUGAGUGAAUCCUGCAAAUGUCUAUGAGAAAAGAUGAAAUGUGAAGUGGAGAUGGGCCAUAUGUUGUGUGCACUUUUGAACACAUUUCAGAUAAUUAACAAUGUCUAAAUAAUUUAAUAUAAAAAAUAAUCCCUUUUUUUGGUUAUUCCACUAAAUAACCAGUUUACUCAUUUUUUCCUGAGGGCUGUUACCUCUGUGAGUUUGUCCUCCCAGAGAAAUCAAAGAUAGUACCCUUUGUAAUAACAAAAGAAAAAUCAAUAAAUAUGAAAUGAGCACAGUAAUGAGACUUAUGCAAUUGUGGAGCAUUAAAUUAUGAAAUAUAUUUUCUUCUUUUUUUUUCAGUCUUUAAAUUGUCUUUCCAACAAUAUAAUUAUUUCCUUUCUCUCAGUGGAAAUGGCUUUGAUUAUCCCUUCAUUCAGAAUUUCCUUUGAGGCUGAAUUCCAAUUAUGUACAUAACCCCCGUAUUAAAAUGAUUCAGUGCCAAAUGUUUUCCGAUGAACUUGGCCUCUUCAGGCAAUGUGCAUGUUUGUGCCAAACGGCAGGAAGUUUUGAUAGUCUGCCUUCAUUUCACCUGAUUAGUGCAUCUGCCAUGUGCUUAAUUUGUUAGUUGGGGUGUUAUUUAGAGAUAACAGCCACCAAGCAUGUUGCAUCUCUGGUUUUGUUCCAUUUUGUUCCUGCGAGACACAUACUGUAUGGGUUCUUCUUGCCACUACUCCUGUUUUAUCCCAGGUUGUUUACAUACCUCUCUUGGUCUCUGACUUGCAUGCUGAAUAAUUUCCAAACCAGGUGUUGGACAUGAUAUUGUCGUCAUACUGUGGUUUGUGAAAUGCUUUGUAAUGGAUUGCCUUAACUGAAGAUUAAUAAAAUACUGACAACUUUGGCAGAAUAUAA